AAUUUGCAUUUCUUCUUUUGAAAACUGCCUGUUCGUAUCCUUUGACUGUUUGUUUAUUGGAAGAAUGGCUCUUGUUUACAUUUUAUAUAAAUAAAUAGGAGUGAGUGUAUGUGUCUUGCAUUGCCAGGUGCUGAAUGAAACCUGAGUCCUUCUUUAUGUUGUCUCCUUAAUUAAUCAGUGAGCUCUUUGAAGGCAGGGCCUAUCUCAACCUUCUCUUUUUAAUUCUAGCAUUUAGCUGUUGUAAUGCCUUUUCAUUCCAUUCCAUAUCAAACCUAUCUUUCCCUCUUUACUCUUUCCCUUUUAAUUCUAAUAACAUUCAAAAACUUCAAUUUUGUAUAAUCAGAAUUGCCUUUUAUUUUUAUUUAUUUCUAUUUCUAUUUUAUUUUAUUUCUAUCACUUGUUUGUUCAAAGACUUUCUGCACUUCAUAAUUCUCUUCUAAAUUGUUUAUGAAAAAAAUUACAUUUAGGGCAUAUAUUCACCUAGAGCUUAUUGUAAUAUGACACAAGAUAUUUGUCUAAAUCUAAUUUCUCCUAGACUUUGUUUUUUCAACAAUUUUUUUUUCAGACAGGGAGCCCUCAGAAGUGGAAAAAUAAUUUUAUCUAGUUUAAACAUACUGAGUUCUGAAAUUUCAGUGGAUCUUGCAUGGAAAAGUCUCUAAUCCUUUUAACUAUCUUGAUCAUCCACCUCUGUUUGCCUUUCCUAUAAUGUGUGCCCCUAACAGAAUUUCCCAAAUGUAGCUAGCUAGCAUGCAGAGCACUCAAUAAGUUUUAAUUUCCCCUUCAGAUUUAUAUAAAAAUCAAUCUUAUUCAUCUUCAUUUCUUUACUAUUGACUUACUGAGUGCUCUGGGUGCUAGCUAGCUUUCCUUUACAUUUUAACAAAAAAGAAUACCAAUUACCAACCUCAGCCUUUUUGGCCCUCUUUUCCUCCUUGACCUUUCUUCAAUUUUUGACGUUGUUAAUUAUACUCUCUUAGAUAUUUACUUCAUCUUUGGCAUCUGAUAUUCCCCCUUAGCUAUAUGAACAUUCCCCAAUAUUUGCUGGUUCAUCUUCCUUCUAAUAUGAUCUAAAUGUGUAUGUAUCCCAAGUCUUUGUCUUCUUGUCCGUUUUCUUUCACUUUUCUUCAUGCAGUUUCAUUCCCUCCAGUAGUUUUAUUAUCACUUUUAUGCUGAAGACUUUUAAAUCUUUAUAUUUAGCAAUUUUCUGUAGUCAUGCAUUUUCAACUUCUUGUUGGAUGUCUCUACCUGGAUAUGGCUUUGUAAACUAAACAUAUUUAAUAUGGAACUAAUUAUUUUUUCCCCAAGAUUUGCCUCUUCUUCCAACUCCCUUAUUCUUCUUGUGGCACUACCAUAUGAUAAUAAUUACUAUUUACAUAGCACUUUAAGGUUAAAAAGCACUCUAUGUACAUUAUAGUGUUUGUUCCUCAAAACAACUGUUGUGAGAUAGGUGUUUUAUUAUCCCAAUUACCCAGUAUUGAAAUCCCAGACUUCUCUUUGUUUCACUACCUAGAAUCAGUAGUUGGUCCUGCCAAAUCUAUGUCCUCAGUAUCUUUCAUUGUUCUUUUCUCCACUUAGAUUGCCACUUGUAUACUUUAAUUUUUCAAGAAUUCUCACUGCGAUUGUAGUAAUAGGUGAUUUAAUUGAGUGAGAGAUUAUUUGGAAGCAGAAGAAACGGAUAAAGUAUUUUUUCUGUUUAUAAGAAUGAUGGAAACAGGUUUUUAUAUUGAUCUCGCUGGUGAUAUUGGGGUUUGGAAGUCAGGAGACUAACCCGACUAGCUGAGUAAUUUAGGAAAGUCAUAAUCUUUCAUUAUUUCAGUUUCAUUGGUAUAAAAUUGGACAAAUAUCCAAAAAAUAUUCUAUCCUUCUAUACUGGCUAGAUCCCAAUGAUAUAAAAUAUAUAAAAGCACUUGAGUAGGCGAAAAUACCUUAUGCCAAUCUCAGGCAUUUUCAAAAGGAACACCUGUAUAUUUAUAACUCAAAUAAUUUAAUUUUUGUUGAUUCUUGUAUUUUUAUAUCACAUUUACUUUCUUGUAUAUUUCUCUCUCUUCCCCUCUACAGCAAAUGUUCCCAUGUAGUGAAGAUUAAAAGAGAAAAAACCAAACCAAAUCAACCAACCAGCCAACCAACAAACAAAAAAAAAGAUUCAGUGAAACCAGAACAUUAUGUCUGACAGUGUAUUCCACACUUGAAGUAUUCCACCUAAGCAGUGAAGGGAGAGAGAAGGAAAGCAUUUCAAGCAUGAGGCACAGACAGAAAAUUCCCAAAGAUGUGAGAUGGAGGGUCUUAUUUGAGGAACAGCAAAGAGACCGGUGUCACUGGAUCAAAGAGUUCCUGGCAGGAAUAAGGUGUAAGAAGACUGGAAAGGUAGGAGAAAAGAUAGAUUAUGAAGGGCUUUGAAAUGCAAAAAAAGGAUUUUCUAUUUGCCCUUGAGGACUAUAUGGAGCUACAGGAGUUUAUUUAGUAGGAGAUGUGAUACAUUCAGAUUUUUGCUUUAGAAAAAUCACUUCAGUGCCUUAAUAGAAGAUGGAUUGGAGAGAAAUUUAAGGGAGUUAGACACUCCAGCAGGCUAUUGCAAUAAUCCAAGUAUAAGGUAAUGUCUUCAUGAGAAUGAUGGCAAUGUCAGGAGAGAAUGGAGUACAUAAGAAAUAUUGGCAAAUGUGAUAUUGACAGGUCUUGAAUAUUGGGAGUGGGAGGGAGAGAUGAGAGAUGAUAACGAGUCUAGGAUGACUCCUGGGUUUUAAGCCUAUGGGAAUUGGAGGAUAUCCUCUAUAGUAAUAGGGGAGGUAGAAGAAGGAAAAAAUUUAGGAGGAAAGGUGAGUUCUAUUUUGGAUAUGUUGAGUUUCAGAUGUCUAAUGGACAUUGAAGUAUCUGAAAGGAAGUUAAGGGUACAAGAUUGGAGGUCAGCAGAGAGUUUGAGACAGGUUAGGCAGAUUCAUGAUUUGCCAACAUAGAGAUGGAAAUUAAACCAAUGGAAGCUAUUGAAAUUACCAAAUAGUAUAAAAGAGGGCUUCUUGCACUUUUCCCACUUGUAACCCCAUUUUAUCUGAGAAAUUUUUAUGCAGUUCCAGGAAUAUAGAUAUGUGAAAUAGGCAAGAAACUAAACAUUUGUUGAUAAUAAAUCAUAAUUUUGCAACCCUCACAUUCAGUUACACAACUCCAUAAGGGAUUGCAACCUACAAUUUAAUAGAAAGAGAAGAGAGCUCAGGACAGAAUCUUGUGGGAUACCUGUGAUUAGAAGAGAUAUGAUCUGUAUGAGGAUCCAGAAAAGGAGACUGAAGAGUGGCCAAAUAUGUAGAAGAACCAGAUAAGAUGCUCCGAGUCAUUUGCAGUGCUCUUCAAAAGAAAAAGCUCUAAUGCUCUACUCUUGCCAUAAUACCAAACAUUUUUGAUUUUGUUUUGGUGCUGAAACACUGGAAGAAUUGCAUGUAGGCUCUAAGAGGAGAAUCUGUCCCUUUUUAAUUUUAUCAUUCUAUGUGAAUAGAACGGGUUUUCUCUCUUAUUACCCACUAUUUUAAAGCUGCUUCACCACCUUUUAAACUGCUUGAUGAAUCAGACUUUUUGCCAAUGAGCCACACAGCCAAUUCUUGCCAAGAGCUGGUUGAAAACUGUGCCGUGCAUGUAGCAGGGAUGGCACAAGAAGAUAGCCAUCGUGGUCAAGUGCCAUCCACAUUUUAUCAUGGUGCCAACCAGGAACUUGACCUGUCCACCAAAGUGUACAAAAGAGAAUCAGGAAGCCCUUAUUCUGUUUUAGUGGACACCAAAAUAAGCAAACCACAUCUUCACGAAACAGAAGAACAACCUUUUUUCAGGGAAACCAGAUCAGUGGCUGAAGUCCGUGCAGUUAAAGAAGACCAAGAGAAUUCUGAUGACAUGGAAGAAGAAGAAGAAGAAGUAACUUAUAAAAGGGAACAGAUUAUAGUAGAGGUAAACCUUAACAACCAAACAUUAAAUGUAUCUAAAGGGGAGAAAGGUGUUUCCUCUCAGUCCAAAGAGACUCCAGUUCUUAAAACCAGCAGUGAGGAGGAAGACGAAGAAAGUGAGGAAGAGGCCACUGAUGAUAGUAAUGACUACGAAGAGAAUGAACGGCAAAAGAAAAAGGAGAAGAGAGUGGAGAAAGUCAGUGUUGCACAAAGGAGAACAAGGAGAGCUGCUUCAGUUGCCGCAGCGACCACUUCCCCUACACCCAGAACAACCAGAGGCCGGAGGAAAAGUGUAGAACCUCCCAAGCGUAAGAAGAGAACUGCAAAGGAGCCAAAGGCACCAGUGCAGAAAGCUAAGUGUGAAGAAAAAGAAACUUUGACUUGUGAGAAGUGUCCCAGGGUGUUUAAUACACGCUGGUACCUGGAGAAGCACAUGAAUGUCACUCAUAGGCGCAUGCAGAUCUGUGACAAAUGUGGCAAGAAGUUUGUCCUAGAAAGUGAGCUAUCUCUCCAUCAGCAAACAGACUGUGAAAAAAACAUCCAGUGCGUUUCCUGUAACAAAUCAUUCAAGAAGCUCUGGUCCCUUCAUGAACAUAUCAAGAUUGUCCAUGGAUAUGCAGAAAAGAAAUUUUCCUGUGAGAUUUGUGAGAAGAAGUUCUACACCAUGGCUCAUGUGCGGAAGCACAUGGUUGCACAUACAAAAGAUAUGCCAUUUACAUGUGAAACCUGUGGAAAGUCAUUCAAACGCAGUAUGUCACUCAAGGUGCAUUCCCUGCAGCAUUCUGGAGAGAAGCCCUUCAGAUGCGAGAACUGUGAUGAAAGGUUUCAGUACAAGUAUCAACUUCGCUCCCACAUGAGCAUCCACAUUGGACACAAACAGUUCAUGUGUCAGUGGUGUGGCAAGGAUUUCAACAUGAAACAGUACUUCGAUGAGCACAUGAAAACACACACUGGAGAGAAACCUUUUAUCUGUGAAAUCUGUGGCAAAAGCUUCACCAGCCGCCCAAAUAUGAAGAGGCACCGCAGAACUCACACAGGCGAGAAGCCCUAUCCAUGUGAUGUGUGUGGCCAGCGGUUUCGCUUCUCCAACAUGCUCAAGGCUCACAAGGAGAAGUGUUUUAGGGUUACCAGCCCUGUGAACAUCCCGCCUGCUGUCCAGAUCCCACUUACAACUUCCCCAGCCACCCCGGUUCCUUCCAUUGUGAACACACCCACAACCCCUACCCCACCAAUCAAUAUGAAUCCAGUAAGCACUCUUCCCCCGAGGCCCAUCCCCCAUUCUUUUUCACAUCUUCACAUUCAUCCACAUCAUCCUCAUCACCUCCCCAUCCCUCCAGUCCCUCAUUUACCCCCACCUCCAGCCCUCUUUAAGAGUGAGCCUUUAAAUCAUAGAGGCCAGAGUGAGGACAACUUUCUGCGACACCUGGCAGAGAAGAACAGUUCAGCACAACAUCAUUAACAAAUAUCCUCUUCAAUCUAUUGUCCCUUGGGUAUGUGCCCACUUGAGAGUCUGCAGAGUGGGAAUUGAUGAGGUUGUCUGUAGCUCUAUCCCACUCCCUCUUAGCCUCCAGCAAAAGAGCUUUGUCAUUGGCUUGGUGUACCAGCAGAUUCAAGUGAAUGAGAAGACUUUCUUUGGCUCAAAGAGGAGAAGGAUCAUCGUAACCAGGGGAGCCAAUGGAACUAAAGCCCAAUAUGCUUCCUUUUUAUUCAUGACUUUUAUAAAUUUCAAAUAUUGAGACUUGUGGAAUUUUAUAAUUUCAUAUCAGCUGAUGAGGUAUGCUUGCUUUUAUAUCCUGGACUUCUCCUCAAAGAGGAGAUAGGCCUGGUUUCCUUUUACUAAUCGGGAAGGCUGUGAGAUUAAUCCAGAGCAUUAAUUGUAUCACUGUGUAUUGUAACAAAUUUUUUUCAGCUUUUGAUGCCAGCAUCAGAGGUGGACUGGCUACAUAUCACAGUAUAUUAAGCAUUAUAGAGAAAAAGAAAAAUUUCUUGUUUGUGUAGCUCUCUCCUAACACACUCUUUAUUUUACUACAGAAAUUAUUUUAGAGUUUUUGUAUAGACCUCUUUAGUAGUUACCUGUUUCUAAAAUGAAAUGUAUUUCAAUAAGCGGUGUAAUUUUUUUCAGUGUAGCUGGACCUAUGUUGUAAAAUAGAAAAAUUUUUAUAAUCAUCAAAAUGUGAUUCUUAAAGAUGCAUAUAGCUUCUAUAGUUAAAAGUUAUCCUUACAUCCGUACUACUCAAAGGUGCUUCAGAGACUAAAUGUAUCUGAAAAGGUCUCCAGGCCAGAUUGCUGCAAAAAUUGUUUUGCUUUCAGAACUUGUUAUAAGUUAUUUGGUAGUUUUUAAUCUCUACUUCCUACCCAAGUGUCUCUUAGGCUCACCAGACAUGCUUCUUUACCUUAGGGUAGAGUGUUACAUGAAAUGUUUUGAAAAGGAGUGGGUCACUUUCCAGGGAAAACACCGAAAAGCAUACAUGUGUGUGUGAACACACACACAUGUGUACACACACACACUCACACGUUUUGAAAACGUGAGAAAAGUUGCUCACCACCUAGAAAAGGACAGGGAGUGGAGGUUGUCUCAUGUCAGUCAUAGCUGUUCCCCAUUCUCAUGAGGAAUAGUGUUCAUGUUUAACUUUCAUGAUAUGACUAAUUUGAAUCUCAUAUCAUGUGCUGCUUAUUUUCAGAUUGCUUUCUUUUUCUGGAGUUGUUAGGAGAAGGAAAAAUACAAAACACGAAUCACAAACAUGAUAUUGCUGAGAGAGGAUAAGGAGGCAUUUAAGUGAGAACAUGAGCUGGUCAUAUGAUUGAAAAUGUCUUUUGUCACUGGAUAUAUCUACAACUUGGAGCUUUUCUUAUGUAAUAUAAUAGCAAAGAAAAACUUCACUGUCCUAAGCAAAUGUUUCUAAAAUGGCCAAUUUGAACAAGUGGUAGGGAUAGCACACCUCUGAUACUUUCAGCCUGGUAACUUUUUCAGAUAUUGAUGAUAUUCUAACAAAAGAUAGUAGUUACUAUAGGGAAUGGUUCAAGGUGCAAUGGUGCAAGGGAAGGCCUUGCACAUUGGUUAUGUUCAACUGCUGAAUGGCUGUCCUAUUUUUCUCCUUUCUAUUUUAAUUUGAAUAGAGAUAACUCUCACAAUAAGCUUAAAAAUUGGUAUUACCCUCAUUUCAGAGAAUUGAGUUUUGGCUGUUAUUGUCUUUUAAUUUUGUUUUACCUCAAAAUUCCCCAAUGUUCCCCCCCAUAUUUUCAAAUAACUGCCUCUACCAGUAUCCCAACAUUUGAAGGUUCAUUUUUUUUUUUCAAAUGUGCAAUUGUAUUAGAGGUUCUCUUCUGGAUCAUGGACUAUAUGUUAUUAGUAAAACUGAGGGCUAAAGUCCUUGUUUUAAAAUAUCACAUUCUUUUCUAUUAGCUUUCCUAUUCUGAUCUUCUUACCUUUGUCUGUGUGCUGUGAAUUAGUAUAGGAAGCUUUUGGAAUGGGAGAGAAAAGGCAUCUCUGACUAUCUUUGCUUCCUAUUUUAUGUGUAAGUCUUUAAAAAUUGGGACAGUUUUAAAGAGUUAUUUCUCUUGAUAUUUAGAUACAUUUUUUAAAGCUCCCAGGUACACAAGCCAGUAAGGAAAGCUAGAUCCUUAUUUAUAUAUUUUAUCUUUAAUGGCUGCUCUCCCUUAAACUCCUUGCAUUCCAUGCCACAUUUUUCUUCUACAUUUUUAUGUAAAUGUGCCACUACUUUAUGGUAAGACCUGUUAAAAAUGCUUUGUUUUAUUAUUAAGAAGGUAUCUCAGUUAAAUAUAUUGUACUUUGUUCUAAACAGCUUUACAGUAUUAGACAGCCAUUCUGAGUUAUAAUUCAAGACCAUUUUGUUGUCCAUUUCCUAGGAAUACUAUAAUAAUACACUGGGAAUUUCAGGUGGUUCUACCUGUGAUUUGGGAGUUGCAGAUCUAUAUCCCGUAAGAAAGAACCCACAACCCAUGGGAAAUCCAGUAUUAAGUAGUCAUUACCAUCCCCAAAAAGCUCAAAAGGGCUAUCAAAAGAUUCAGCUAAAAUUAUCACAAAAUAUAAUGACUGGUGAAAGGCAUUUUGGAGCAGCCUUUUAAAAAUCUCCAAUACUUGUCUAUUUUUAUUUUCUGGGUUUUGACUUUACUUGACUGGUAUCCAUGGUUUUAAGGAAAAGUUCUCAGAAAAUCUAAUGUGUCUUCAUAAUUUUCAUAUUAAAAAUUAAUCAAGACACAUUACAGAAUAUUUAUGAGUGCUUCUGAACAUGAGAACUUCAGGAUUAAGCCUUAAACAAAGACCUGUGUCAGGUUAACCUAAAAACUCAGGAACUCAGAGUUGAAAAUUUGGUUAAUAGUCAUUACUUGGCUUCCCUAAUAGGUAUGUGGGCUUGCUCUUCUAUCUUCUUGCAUUACAUAAUCCCAUAACCCUGCAAACUGCUCAGUAUGAUUAAUUAGAUGUUCAUCUUUUUAGAAAAAGGAUAUGGAGGAAGAGUUUGGUCUCUAGUUUUUGCUAUCUAUGGCUUUACAUAAGUCUCUAAAGGACCUCAAAGGCUACUUUAUGCAGUGUAUUUAAGUAUUACAUUGGUGUUAAAUGAGGCUGUUAUUACAAUCUUAUUGUCUUUGAUAGUUCCUAUCCCAUUGCUUAAACUAUGACCUAUUUGAAGAUACAAUGACAUUUUUGAGUUAAAGUAGUAGUGUACAUUUCCUUUACCUUUGAAAAACUCAAAUAAGAAAUCUUAGCCCAUAAUGUAAAAUUGCUGCUUUACCUAGUUGAAUCAGGUUAGCUCAUAUUGAGUGAGAUUUUUUUUUGGUUUGAACAAUGGAGAAAAAGUAAACAUAACCUAAGUCUUAUGGCACAUAGCUUCACUGCCACCUAUAUAUUUGUGACUUCAUUCUUACAUAAUUUUAAUGAGAAAGAGAGGCUUCCAUGUAAAUUUUACCAUAGUAUCAAAAGAAACGUUAGAAAAUUAGUAGCAUGUAUUUUGCUUGAAGCCUACCAUUUUGCAUUAACUACUCUAAAUGAAUGGCUGAGCAUGAAAGUACCAUAGUUGUACUUGAUGCUUUGGAAAUACCUUUCCAAGAUUCCCUUUAAUUUGGUUGUUCACUUAACUGUGUGCCUGGUGAUGUCUUCUGUGGAAAAGAUGUUUGCAAAUACUGAAUUUCCUAAUUUUUUCUUCCUUUUAUGCCUGAUUUUUUUUUUUUUCAUAUUCGUUGGUUUGGAUGUUUUUGUUUAAUUUAAUUUAAUUUCACAGUUUCUGAUUUUUACACAAAAACAAUUGUGAUAAAAGUCAUUUAAGAAAUAUAUUCCAUUUUGCAAAACCCUUGUCAAUUUGACAUAUAAAAAAGUAUACUUUGUCACAUCAAACUACCCAUGUUACAUUUAGAGAUAUUUCUGCUUGAUCUUAUAUAAAUAAGGAUAUUAUAUUAUGUAAAACAAAUUAGGUUUGUAUAUUCACAAAAUAAGCAUUUUUGAUGUGCUUCUAGAUUUAGAAUCAUGAGAAUAUUUGACAAAGGGGGAUAAAUUGCUUUUAAGAAUUCUGCCAAUUGUAUUUAAGGUCAUCUCACUUGGAAUUCUGUAUAUUUUACAAUUGGACAAAUCAACAUUGGCUUUAUUUUCCUUUGAAAAACUUACUCCUUUGCUGAACCAAGAUUAGAAAUCCUAUUCAAAAAUAAAAGCAUUUUUCAGUAAUGGAAAGGUCAUAGAUUAGCGAUAGGAACAUAAUUAUGCAAUAAUUAUAUUAUACUAAUUAUAGCUUCUAAGCUAGACUGCUUUUGACAUCUGUAGCAUUUAUAAUAAUUAAUAAUGACCUUCCAAUUCUGGAUUACUACCUCGAUAAAGCAAACCAGACGUCCUCUCUCCCCUUAUUAUGGAAGCCAUAAAAGUUGCCACCAAUAUGUCCAUUUUCUUAGUUCCUUACUUUUAUACUCUAUAAUCCUGACUUUUUUAUAGCAAUCAAAUCUUUUUGUCUUAGAGAAAGGGCUCUACAAGUUUGGACCAGCAUGGAAUUUUAGCUCCUUUGGUUUAAAUUUGGAGGACUAGGUGAAUUCAUCAGGUGAAUCAAAUUCCCCAUUUAAGUCAAACUGUUUUACCCAGGCAUAUUUUUUACUCAUAGAAGACUAGCAUCUUGCCCUUUCCUAUUCUUUGUUUUCUGCAUUGUUGCAGAAGUUAUUUGUGGAAUGAAAUUCUACUUUGUUGCUCUGUUGAUUAAUUAAUAAUUGGUCUGUCAUCAAAUCAUCUCUUGGAAUUGUUUCAUUUCCUUAAAAUUACACAGUAAAUGCAAACCUACAUUUUCUUAUCUUUCUUCCACCAUUGCAGCUUAAGCCCUCUCUCUUUCUUGAGUGCCUUGAAGAAACCAGCAUUCCUGGAAAUUUUUCUCCCUGGUUUAGAUCCUACCUCUACUUCAUUUUCCAUGAAUGUUGGAUUUUGUCUUUAAUCUAUUUGGUUUAGUUCUUCCAAAACUAAUAAAAGCCUCAGACAGAAAUUUGGAACAUAUCUCUGAGCGAGUUCUUCUCUUCCCUGACUUUCCAGGUUUUAUGGUAGCAAAAAAUUUCAUAUUAGUUAUACCUCUAGACAUUAACCUCCUAUCUCUUGAGUAACUAAAGGCUUGGUUCUGUGUCUUGACUCCUAACAUUUGCUUCCUUAGCCCGGGAAAAUAAUUUCAUUGUAUAUUCUAUGUACAGUUUUUGCCCAGUUUGGUCUUCCUGAAUUCUUCCUUUUUCACUUUAGGGGGAUGAGCAUCAAUGCUGCUGUGAUUAUACAAUACCUUUCUCAUUUGUUCUCUCUCUCUAAGAAUUAGUUUGCAAAUUUGUCCAUAAAAUUUUUUUUCUUACUCAAAUCUAAUUCAAAAUUGUUUGGUUUUUUCCCAGACCUUUUGUCUUGACUGUCCUCUAACCUUUCUUUCACCAUGUCCAUGAUCAUCCAAGCCAAUAACUUUUCUUUGUUUUUCUCUUUAUGAGAUACUGGUCUUAAAGUAGUUGCACCUCCUUUUUAAAUUCUUGCCUUAUCUCUCCACUACUUCUUUGCCCUCUUUUUUUCCAGGCUUCCCCUUCUUUUCCAACCUCCUAAAACAUCAUUUAAAACUCUUUCUUUCUAGUUUUCCCUAGAAUCAGUUUUUAUAGUAUAAUUAUUACUCGAUAUGAAGGACAUUAAACAAACAAACAAAAAAAAGAGUUGCUUUAUGAUCUGUAUGUGACAGCGGGUUCUGAAUUGAUAAAAUACUUCAGCAUUGUGCUUUACUGCCACUAAAGGGAUUUGUGCUGUGCACAGAACUCUCUUCCUUUUAAUUCUUAUCCAAAACUGAAAACAAAAUCCUUUAAGAAAAGAGGAAACUGUAUUAGUUGGGUUUUUUGUUUGUUUUCAUGGAAUGCAAACUAUUAAUCUGAAUGUUUUUGCUGUCAUCAAAACCUUUGCAUUAUCUUUUUAAAGCUACUCUCUCUAAAUUCACAUUCUUUUGCUGAAUAGUCCUUGGAGUUUUCAAGAAUAAACUCAUGAGAAGAAAAGGGGAAUAUGGUGAGGCAGAAGACCAGAGAAUAUAGCUAUUUGUGAAACAUUAAUUCUUCUUAUCUGAGCAAGCCUCUCCAUCUCCAUUCUGUACCCCAUCAUGUUACUGGUUAAACAAGGAAAAGAUUCAUGGAUAGUUAAAAGUUUAGCUAUAAUUUUUGGGAAACUAGUUUGGAAACUAUGUGAUUCUUUUUCUUCUAAAUUAACAACACUUUGUUACAUCAAAAAAAUUUCCUAUAUGAUUACUUUUCACUUGACUCAUCUAUUUUCUUAAUAAUGGCAUCCAGAGGUUUGGCUUUCCCAAGUAUUUGUUGGCUGACAGCAUUUUUUAACUAUUCUCUAUAACUGUGCUAAGCAGAAAAUAGUGAUGAACAUUUGAAAAAAUUAAAUUGUCUGUCAAGAAAACUUUGAUGAUCUGUUCUUUUGCUGAGUAACAGAGUUUUGAAACAGUCAGCAGAGGGGGCCCUUGUUCUCUCAAGAAGCUGCCUCACAGCACCUGAUCCAGGUUUACUCCUUACUUAUGAAGAUCAUCUCUAGUGGGAGAAAAGAUAUGGUGGGUGGAACAGGAAAGGACGUGGCAAAGAAAUAGUUAAAUUUUGUUUAACUUUGAAAGGCAUCUGCUACUCAAUGCUUCUUAUCUUUCUAAUUAGCUAAAGACGGACUGAAUGUGUUGAAGAAGAGAAGUAUUCUUGAAUGUACAUCUCUCCCUGGUUUAUAUAUCUUUAGUGGGGGGGAGGGGAAGGGUAUUAUGAGAGGGAAUAGCUUAACUAACAGGAUUGAUGUCUCAAAUCACAUUUUACAUAGGACUUUAGAAACCAAUCUGUUUACAUUUGAAAAUCAGUAGGAAAUAAUUUACAUCCAGAACCUGACUUCUUUUCUGCUUGAUCAUUUGAAUCAUUCUUGAUUUAGGUCAAGAAUUUAAAUAAUGGAAUAAGAUUUCAGUGUUUGCUGUUAAGGUUAUAUCCUUGAAUUAUAAGCAGCCUCUGAAAAUCUGAUCAAAUGCCUUUCAAUCUUCCACAUUUAGUAUGCAUGUACAUUUUAUCCAUCUUUUUGCAGGAGCUAUAUAAUUACUAAUAAAUCUGUCAUUAUUCAGCAUUACUGUAUUUGGCCCCAGGGAAGCAAAGCAGCAGGAUCUUUAAAAAGUCUCAAUUGGGAUAAAAAGAAAAAAAAACAGCUCUUGUAUUAUGUAACUUUGUUUCUACUCCUCCCUGCUUACUUCAGUGUUUACUUUUAACUUUGGGUUCUGAAACUUUAUUUUCUCUUAUAAGUACAAUAAAUCACUGUCCUAGUUCCCUUGAUAUAGGCAGACUGGUAGGGAAUGCUUUGAUGCCAGGAGUCAGAGAUAUUUGGGGAGCAUAAUUGAGUAGGUUAGCCUGACUAGCCUGUUUAAAUAAUAAUGCCCAAUGAUGAGAGCCAGUCCUUUUACAUCUGGCAUAGAAGCUUUUUUCUUAAGAGUUCUCAUAUACCGAAUGCCAAAGCAGGAAGGCAAUCUUGUUUUCUCUUUCCUGCCCCUUUCUUUAACCUCUCCUCUCUACAUUAUCCCUUACUUGCAAUAAUUGGGAAGAAUAAAUCACUAACUCUCAGGAGUGAGGAAGAGGGGAGAACAUUCUUGUCAUUUUAAAUUUUAUAAAAAGGAGACUUGAAAUCAAGUUUAGUCCCAUAGUAUGGGAUAGGUUGUCAUACCUGCCCAUCUCAUCUCCAAAUGGAUAACUGUUACGCCAGUCAUUAUCUCCUGGGUCAGACUCAAGGCCCUGAGCCCUGGGAUGGUAUCUUUAGCAGGCACUCCUUCAGUUUGUAGUUCAACAGGUCCUCUGUGCUCUGUUAGGUUAGAGGCAGACAAUCCAAAUAUUUAUCUUUGCCAUGACCAGGAGCAACAGAUCUUCCUGAACAUAAACAGGCAAGUAAGCACCUAAAGAGAGAUACUUAAGUAUCAGCCAAUGGAACAAGUGGCAUUGGUACCUGGAAGACUAAAUCUUACUCUAGUUCUUUUUUACCCAGCCUAAUCAGACCCCUAAGAAAGCCCAUCCAGCACAGAACAUUGAUUCUAUCCACUUGUAACCCAGCGCUUGACAGAAGAGCACUGAAGUUGUGAUCAGCUUAGUAGCAGAUGCUUAGGUAUAACUUGUUUGUCUUUUUUUCCCCUUGACAGUACAUAAAUCACUUGCACUUUUCUUUAUUUCUUAAGGAAAAAAAAAAAUCCAGUUUGCUUGCCAGGAAACGUUGAGCGUUAGGUUUACAAAGCUUGUUGUUGAAUGUUAAAAACUUGUCCAAAGGAGUUUGGCAAAAUAGAAGCUGCUUGGUCCCUGUUCUUGCCUUCUGGGUCAUAAGGAUUAUUAAGGCUAUGUAGCUUGGAUGCUUAUGACAAGUCCAGAACAGGGCAGCAUCCCUCUCCUACCUCUCUGUGGAGAUGCAAUUGAAGGUCAAAUCAGACUUGAUGUAGGGCAGGUACCCCUCAUGCUGCAGCAAGUUCAAAGGAGUCUUUGAGUUGGGGAGGUGACAGACAAAUAGGACAGGAUUUCUGGUCUGGAAAGAUCCCCGGGAGAGGCACUUUUGCCCUCAGGAAUUGCAGUGAAGUAGAACUGAGCUCUCCUUUAGCAUUUCCAAACUAGCAUAUGCCAUCUAGUUUCCCUGGGGCACUUUUUUCCAGUAUCCUGUCAGACCCCUCAUUGUAUUGAUUCUUUUCCCUUUGUGUUGACCAUACCAUAAUUAUUAUUAUUUUUUUUUUUAGCAAUUGAGAAUGCACUUUUAUUUCAACUCAAUCAUGAUUUUAAACAUAAAAAUUAUAGAUUGUUAAAAACUACUUUUUGUGUAUUUUUAACCACUCAAUGUAGCAUUGUAUAUUUUAUUCUUGUGAGACUCUGGUACAAGGUGUGCCGCUUCACAAUAUUUCCGAGAUGCUGGGCCUUUGGAUGUGUACGGUAACCCACCUAAUGCUAAUGUUCAAAGUAAAAGAAGUAGCCAUA